GGGCUGCAGAUUCCCUCCGGCUCCCGGGAGCCGCGGCAGGACCGGCCAGUAGGCGCCAUGGAGGGGAGCCCCAUCCCGGUGCUGACGGUGCCCACCGUGCCCUACGAGGACCAGCGGCCGGCCGGCGGCGGGGGGCUGCGGCGGCCCACCGGCCUCUUCGAGGGCCAGCGCAACUACCUGCCCAACUUCAUCCAGAGCGUGCUGUCGUCCAUCGACCUGCGCGACCGCCAGGGCUGCACCAUGGUGGUGGGCAGCGACGGCAGGUACUUCAGCAGGACGGCCACCGAGAUCGUGGUGCAGAUGGCCGCGGCCAACGGGAUUGGACGACUGAUUAUUGGACAGAAUGGCAUCUUGUCGACACCUGCUGUUUCCUGCAUCAUCAGGAAGAUCAAGGCAGCUGGUGGAAUCAUCCUAACAGCCAGCCAUUGCCCUGGAGGACCAGGGGGAGAGUUUGGAGUGAAGUUCAAUGUUGCCAAUGGAGGUCCUGCACCAGAUGUGGUCUCAGACAAAAUCUAUCAGAUCAGCAAAACAAUUGAGGAAUAUGCCAUAUGCCCUGAUCUUCGAAUUGACCUAUCUCGGCUUGGAAGACAAGAAUUUGACCUGGAGAACAAAUUCAAGCCAUUUAGAGUGGAGAUAGUGGACCCAGUAGAUAUCUAUCUCAACCUCCUUCGGACCAUCUUUGACUUUAACGCCAUCAAGAGUUUGCUGACAGGGCCUGGCCAACUGAAGAUCCGAGUUGAUGCGAUGCAUGGAGUCAUGGGACCCUACGUGAGAAAAGUCUUGUGUGAUGAGCUGGGAGCUCCAGCCAAUUCUGCAAUAAACUGUGUUCCUUUGGAAGAUUUUGGAGGGCAGCAUCCUGACCCAAACCUGACAUAUGCAACAACCCUUCUGGAAGCUAUGAAAGGAGGAGAAUAUGGAUUUGGAGCUGCAUUUGAUGCUGAUGGGGACCGUUAUAUGAUUCUAGGCCGAAAUGGCUUCUUUGUGAGCCCUUCUGACUCACUGGCCAUCAUUGCUGCCAACCUCUCUUGCAUUCCAUAUUUCCGUCAGAUGGGGGUUCGAGGGUUUGGGAGGAGUAUGCCCACCAGCACGGCCCUGGACAGAGUGGCCAAAUCAAUGAAGGUCCCUGUAUAUGAGACCCCAGUGGGAUGGAGAUUCUUCUCCAAUCUGAUGGACUCGGGACGGUGCUCUCUGUGUGGAGAAGAGAGCUUUGGCACUGGCUCCGAUCACCUCCGGGAAAAAGAUGGCCUCUGGGCUGUCUUGGUCUGGCUUUCCAUAUUGGCUGCCCGGAAGCAGAGUGUGGAGGAAAUCGUCCGAGAUCACUGGGCCAAAUUUGGCCGCCACUAUUAUUGCAGGUUUGACUAUGAGGGGCUAGAGCCCAAGACAACAUAUUACAUCAUGAGGGACCUGGAGGCCCUGGUCACGGACAAGUCCUUCAUCGGCCAGCAGUUCGCCGUGGGAAACCACGUCUACAGUGUGGCAAAAACAGACUGCUUUGAAUAUGUGGACCCCGUGGAUGGCACGGUGACCAAGAAACAGGGCCUGAGGAUCAUUUUCUCAGAUGCAUCACGGCUCAUCUUUCGGCUCAGUUCCUCCAGCAGCGUGCGGGCCACCGUCAGACUGUACGCUGAGAGCUACGAGAGGGACCCCAGCGGUCAUGACCAGGAGCCCCAGGCUGUGCUGAGUCCUCUCAUAGCCAUCGCGCUGAAAAUAUCCCAGAUUCAUGAGAGAACCGGCCGGAGGGGCCCCACAGUCAUCACCUGAAUGGAGGAAAGAUCAGUCACCAGGGCCAAAAGAGAGCGCUUGGCAGGAGACACUUCACCCACGCCUUCUUGCUACCUGUUUGUGCCUUUUAUGACUUUGAAA